CUAGGUCAGUUAACUUUUCCUCUAGUUUCCAUCUUUUAUUUCUCUAAUUGCGUCGAAUUUUAUUCAAAAUUGCCAAUUUUAGAUAUAUUACCUAGGAAGAAUUGGGUGUUGUUUUGAGUAUACUUUUUCAUAAAUUUGAGGAAAUUAUGAAAAUGAAAGAGGAUUUGGAGCUGAAUUUCUGUAAUUUUACAUUAUAAUUUGUGUUUUUCAUGAUGGGUUUUGAAUUUAACCCUUGAAUUGUCAUAAAAAUGCAAGCUUUAAGUAUUUGGCCUUUGAGAGGGGACUUAUUGGAAGUACCCCAGCUUGAACUUCAGCUGGGUUUUGCUUCUUUUGAGUGUAUAAGAAGUAGAAUUAGAAGAAAAAAGUUGGGUACAAUUGAUUCUAUAGUUCACCUAAGGAGGUGUCCUUCUGUGUUUGUUCAUCAUAGAAGAUCAGAAUUUGAUUUGGGAAAUGGGGUUUUCUUUGGGUGUUCUAAGGUUGGACUUUAUCUUUCGGGCGAAUCUAGAAGUUCAGUCAGGUUGUGUUUUCCGGUGGGGUGGGCUUUAGAGGAGCAAGCGAUUGGCAAUAGUGUAAUUAGUGAUGAGGACUCAGAGGCAAAAAAUGAUAGUGGCAAGUUGCCUUUGCAGAAGAAGAUUAUAAGUGGGGUUGAUGAUGCUGGAGAAGUUAAAGAUGGAGGAAAAAUAGAGAAAGAGAAAAUGGAGAGACGGGUUGAUGUGCGUGGGCUUGCACAACGUUUACUGAGUGCUAAAUCAGUGGAGGAUGUGGAAGAGGUUAUGAAAGACGAAGGUAAAGUGCCACUUCAAGUGUUUUGUUCCAUCAUAAGAGGGUUUGGCCGAGAAAAGAGACUAGAACCUGCAAUGGCUAUUGUUGAUUGGCUUAAAAACAAGUAUGAAGAGAGAGGAGAUGUUGAUUGUCCGAAUCUUUUCAUAUAUAAUAGCUUGCUUGGUGCUGUAAAACAAUCUGGAGAAUCAGAUAAAGUUGACAUGGUGUUGAGUGAGAUGGAUGAAGCUGGCAUUUGUUGGAAUGUGGUGACCUAUAACACUUUGAUGGGUAUAUAUUUGGAAGAAGGGCGAGCAAUUGAGGCUCUCGAUCUCUUUGAGGGUAUUCAACGUAAGGGAAUAUCUCCAUCUCCGGCUACUUAUUCUACAGUUUUGUUGGCUUAUCGAAGAAUGGAAGACGGGAUUGGUGCAUUAAACUUUUUUCAUGGUAUAAGAGAGAAGUAUACUAGUGGAGAGCUCGAGAAAGAUGAUCAUACAAUAAAUUGGGAUUUUGAGUUUCUUAAGCUUAAGGACUUCACCAGUCGCAUAUGCUACCAAAUAAUGAGACGGUGGCUUGUUAAGGAUGGGAACUUUACCACAAAUGUCUUAAAGUUACUUAUAGAAAUGGACAAGGCCGCGCUUCCACCGGCACGUGAAGAGUAUGAGCGGCUUGUUUGGGCUUGUACUCGUGAAGAACAUUAUACGGUUGCCAAAGAGUUGUAUAAUAGAAUAAGGGAAAAUCACUCUGAUAUAAGUUUAUCAGUAUGCAAUCAUAUCAUCUGGUUGAUGGGAAAAGCUAAGAAAUGGUGGGCUGCUUUGGAGAUUUAUGAGGAUUUGUUAGAUAAGGGGCCCGAACCCAACAAUUUGGCAUAUGAACUGAUUGUAUCUCACUUUAAUGUUUUGCUGAGUGCUGCUAGAAAAAGAGGGAUUUGGAGAUGGGGGUUUAAGUUGCUGGAAAAGAUGGAAGCCAAAGGUUUGAAACCGGGAAGUAGAGAAUGGAAUUCUGUUCUUAUAGCUUGUUCAAAAGCUUCAGAAACAACUGCAGCAGUUGAAAUAUUCAAGAGAAUGAUAGAGAAAGGUGAAAAGCCAACCGUUAUUUCAUAUGGAGCGUUGCUUAGUGCUCUCGAGAAAGGAAAAUUAUAUGACGAAGCUGUACGGGUGUGGGAGCAUAUGCGCAAAAUUGGGGUUGAACCUAACUUAUAUGCCUACACUAUCAUGGCUUCAGUUUAUGUUGGACUUGGUAAAUUCAAUCUUGUUGAUUAUAUAAUUCAAGAAAUGGUUUCAACAGGAAUCAACCCAACAGUUGUUACUUUCAAUGCAAUUAUUAGUGUAUGUGUGAAGAAUGGUUUAACUAGUCCUGCUUACCAGUGGUUUCAACGCAUGAGAAGUAUGAGUAUUGAUCCGAAUGAAAUCACAUAUGAUACUUUGAUUGAAGCUCUUGCAAAAGAUGGGAAACCGAGGUUAGCAUAUGACCUAUAUUUGGAGUCGUUAAAGGAAAGUCUAGAACCUUCUUCAAAGGUGUAUGAUGCCAUAUUAGAAUCUUCAAGUAUAUUUGGUGCUACGAUUGAUGUAACUGCUCUAGGACCAAGGCCAGCAGAGAAGAAUAAGAAGGUGGUAACCAGAAAGAAUACGUUUGUCAGAAAGGAGAUUUCUGCACAAGAAGCAGCAGAAGACUUGUAAAGUUAGUGUACUACAUUCAAUUUGUGCAUUUCUUCUUUGGUAUAUUUUGUGACACAUGAUUACAUGACAUUUUUUUUGCAAAGUGAAAAGGAAAAGUAUAUACCCCGGUAUGUUGGAAAAACUUCUGAUUCCCUCCCCACAUUUCUAUUUUAUGUCACUAAAUACUAAACUAAUCUCAUAUGUUAUUUAUUUGUCAUGCCAACUUUUCUGCUGCUGUUUGAAAUUGA